AUGGAUGAUUCAGGAGGAGAAAUCAAGGUUAGUUUUGGAUAUCAAUGUCUCGGCAAGGAUGAUGGUUCUUGCCUCAAAUCAAAUGGCAUUGACAUCCCAUCUGCAAUCAAACUCAAAAGAGCUAGCAGCUCCUUCUCUUGCUUGUCUGGGGCUGCAUUGAGUGCCAAUGCUACAUUAGCUAAUACAAAUAUAUGCAACGGAUUGAUUGGUGAAGAAAUACUGCCAACUUUGGACUCUCCUAAUUCUUUCCGCAGGAUUUCAUCUUCACCGUCUGUCUCAAAGUUGGAUGUCUCAAAGUUGGAUCUUUUGUCGUCUUCUCUCCUGAGUGGCAUGUCAAACUUGAGUUUUAGCCUGUCCUCUCAAAGUGAGACACCAGGUUCAGACUCAUAUUUGCUUAAGUCCAUGAGUUCUCCUUCAACAAGUGAUAGUUUCCUCAAUGCGGUGGAAGUACAAGUAGCUGGGGGUGCUGCUGGUGAAGAUAGAGUUCAGGCUGUUUGUUCAGAAGAGAAUGGGUGGCUUUUUUGUGCCAUAUAUGAUGGCUUCAAUGGAAGAGAUGCAGCAGAUUUUCUUGCUGGAACCUUAUAUGAAACAAUUGGAUUUUACCUGAACUUAUUAGAUUGGGAAGUUAAACAGGAGUUGAGGAAAGCUUCCGGUUGUUUGGAUUCUGAUAAAUCCCUCUGCUGUAUUCUGGAAGAUGGUAAUAAUUCUGAAAAUGUAGGAAAAAAUGCAUUUUUUGAUAGUUUUGACAUUACUCCUUCCUCAGUGAAAGUGGACAGAUCGUUUGGUUUGUCUAAGAAGAGGGUUCUUAACAGCCUUCAACGUGCUCUUACACAAACUGAGAAUGAUUUUCUACACAUGGUGGAACAGGAAAUGGAAGACCGCCCUGAUUUAGUGUCUAUUGGAUCUUGUGUGUUGCUUGUGCUUCUCCAUGGGAAGGACUUGUAUAUUCUCAAUGUUGGUGAUAGUCGAACUGUUUUAGCUACAUACAUUGAAGGCAUAGAGAUGAAUGGAAGUGAGGGGCCGCAGGCUGUCCAGCUCACUGAUAGUCAUACUGUUGACAAUGAAGUUGAGAGAACCCGACUUCUACUUGAUCAUCCAGAUGACCCUUCGACAAUUGUGGCUGGAAAAGUCAAAGGGAAGUUGAAGGUUACAAGGGCUUUUGGAGUUGGUUACUUGAAAAAGAAAACCAUGAAUGACGCUUUGAUGGGUAUUCUACGAGUCCAUAAUCUCACAAGUCCUCCAUAUGUAUCUUUAGAACCAUCGCUUCAUGUACAUGAAGUUUCAAGUUCUGAUCACUUUGUUGUACUUGGAAGCGAUGGUCUAUUUGACUUCUUCAGCAAUGAUGAAGUUGUAAAACUCGUGCAUUCCUUCAUUUUGAGUAACCCAUCUGGUGAUCCAGCAAAAUUUUUAGUAGAGCAGCUUGUAAUGAGGGCUGCAGAUUGUGCAGGUUUCAGCAUAGAAGAGUUGAUGAGUAUCCCUGCUGGCAGGAGACGGAAAUAUCAUGACGAUGUUACAGUAAUUGUGAUCAUCCUUGGCUCGAACAAGAGCACCUCAAAGGCGUCCACUUGUCUAUGA